UUGGUGCAGGAAAAUUUUUGCUUGAUUCAUCAUAUUUUGGGAAAAGGCAUUGCCAUGGCGAAAAAUACUUCCAGCUCUGCAUUCCGAAAAAUUGAUGUGGACCAGUACAAUGAGGACAACUUCAAGGAAGAUGACGCGGAUCAAGCCUCCAGUGGGAUGAUUGUGCCGGAUGAAGCGGAAAUCAAUUCACUACUGAAUCAGGGUCGUAACAUUGAUGCCCUGAAAACAGUCCUCCAGAAUGCGCCGCUGAUGUGCAAAAACCAGCAAGUAAAGGACAAUGCGUUAGGCCUGACGCUGCGUGUGCUACUGUCGAUUAAGUCGUCCCAAAUCGAUGCCGCCAUCGAAUCACUGGAUGAUCCGGAAUUGUGCGACGUACUUAUGAAGUACAUCUACCGCGGGUUUGAAAUUCCCUCCGAAGGAUCGAGUGGCCAUCUGCUAACGUGGCACGAGAAGGUAUUCGCAAAAGGUGGGGUAGGAAGUAUCGUGCGAGUGCUAUCGGAUAGUGCCCGAGCAUAAAUCGACUCCAGUCAUUCUUGCAUCGUACCAGAAAACAAGUCAUUUUUCAUCUUUUCGAAAAUCCUUGCUUCCUUUAGAUAGCACAGAUUUAGUUAUGUUGCUGUCGCUGAAUAUGCAAACAUUUUCAGUACAUUCUUUCCUCAAUCUGCCGGAGCAGAUAAGUGACUGUCGUAUGCAGUUGAGGUUUAUUUUGAAUUUGUUAAAUAAAUAGGUGAUAUACUAACGA